AUGAUGUCCGAAAGUUGGCCCGACAAAAACUUCGGCUACGGCAUCAGACACUUGCAGACAGCGUGCAUGUGCGUUUGCAUCAUAGCGCUUUUCAUCGCCAGGGGCAGUAUGGGUGUCGCAGUGCUUGCAAUGACCGACUCGACCCGCCGGAACGACACUUCGGUUGCGAUUUACGAGUGGGACAAAAAGACUCAAGGCUUGAUCUUGUCGUCGUUCUUCUGGGGGUACAUGGUGAUGCAAAUACCGGCUGGAUUGCUCGCAAAGAGAUUCGGAGGGAAGCCGGUGCUACUCGUGGCGUUGAUGGCGAGCGGAGUGGUGUGCGGCUUGCUGCCCUUUCUGGUCAACAUCGGUGGGUGGAAGAUCGUGUGCGGCUGCCGCGUGCUGAUGGGCCUCACCCAGGCCUGCCUGUUCCCGGCCACGCACACGCUCCUCGGCCGCUGGUUGCCGGCUCACGAGCGAACCACCUGGGCGGGCUUGGUGUACGGAGGUUCACAAAUAGGCACGAUAAUCGCUAUGCCCAUGUCCGGCCUGUUGGCGGAGACGGCGAUAGCAAGCACGCCGAAGGAGCAUCGGCUGAUGACAGAAGCAGAAAGGGAAUACAUCGAGAGGGGCCUCAAUACCUCUAAUGGAAAGACACUUUGUACUCCAUGGCGCUGUAUUUUCAAAUCCAAGGGGCUAUGGGCUGUGGCGGUAACUCACGUUGGAAGCGCAUGCGGCUAUGUGCUAUUCUUUGUUGACAUGCCAACCUACUUGGAGAAGGGCUUGCAGAUAUCUUUAAAAAACAGCGCCUCACUGUCAGCAUUGCCAUAUAUUGGCAUGUGGAUCGGAAACGUCGUAUCUACAACAGUUUCGGAAAAAAUAUACAAUAGGGGUUUGUUAUCGGUGGGAAAUUGCAGAAAGCUUUUUAAUUCCAUAUCAUUCUUCGGCAUGGCGAUCGGGCUGGCUGCGCUGUCGUUCAUAGGGCAGGAUCAUCCGAAUUCGGCUAUUGCCACACUUGUAAUCACGCUCACUCUCAUAUGGUUUCAACGCCGCUGGAUUUAUGAUGAAUCUUUUGGACAUGUCACCGAACUUCGCCGGAGUCAUGCUCUCCCUGACCAACUUCAUUGCAAACUUUGGCAGCGUCGCAACGCCCAUAAUCACCAGUUUCAUUUUGAGGAACGAUUCUACGGAUCU